GGCAUUACCGGAGAUGGGCGUGACUCUCUUAACCCAACAUGUCGGCGUAGGAGUUUUUAUCAAAACUUUACAGUCAAUAUUUAAUACAUUAAGACGUUUUACUGUUAGGUACUGAAGGAAUAUGGUGUGUGAGCGUAGCGUAGACUUAGUCAAGCCUUUUCGGGAUGGUUCAUUUAGUAAGUUUAUAGUUUUCGUGGUAUUAAUCAGCAUAAAGUCGCCGGUAUGUGACAGUGAAGGAAUCACCUCAGAGAGAUGUCUCAUCUGGGGUCCAGGGCUGAACCCCGGCACGGUUCUACCUGUCCGCUACUUCUUUAUUCAGGCGGUCGGUUCAAACGGAGAAAACCUGACUUUAUCUCCAGGUAAAGACACAUUUAAAGUGAAGAUAAGUCCGCUGGACAUGAAGGAGCACCUCCGAAUCCACGUCCCACCACCACUGGACAGAGGGGACGGGUCCUUCCUGGUGAGGUACCGGCUCUACAGCACCGUGCUGAAGGGCCUCAUGGUUGAAGUACUCCACCAAGAUGCUGCUGUUGCCAAGUCGCCCUACACCAUCCCAGGUCCAGUCUAUCAUGAAUACUGCGACUGUCCAGAGCCCGAUGCCUCCGUUUGGCAGAGCAACAUGCGCUGUCCCGCCGAUGAACCUCAGGUUGUGGCGGAUUUUAAAGCCUUUCCAACGGUGGACUUGCAGCGUCUCAGACAGGAAGUGCCUCACAGGUUUGCCAACAGAGGAGGCCUCAUUCACUACGCCAUCAUCAACAACCAGUUGUACCGCCGCACGCUGGGGAAGUACACUGACUUCAAGAUGUUCUCUGAUGAAAUGCUGCUCUCUCUAACCAGGAAGGUGAGGGUGCCUGAUGUGGAGUUUUACAUCAAUGUUGGCGACUGGCCGUUAGAGACAAGGCGCUCGGAUGCUGUUCCGGUCUUGUCGUGGUGUGGCUCUGUAGACACACGGGACAUUGUCCUCCCCACCUAUGAGGUCACACACUCCACCCUGGAGACCAUGAGAGGUGUCACCAAUGACCUGCUGUCUGUCCAGGGAAACACAGGGCCUCCGUGGAUUAACAAAACAGAUCGGGCGUUUUUCCGUGGCCGGGACAGUCGUGAGGAGCGUCUUCACCUGGUGUCUCUGUCCAAGAAGAGCCCUGAGCUGCUUGACGCAGGCAUCACAGGAUGGUUCUUCUUCAGAGACAGGGAGAAACAUGUCGGCAAAGCACCGCUCGUUGGAUUCUUUGACUUCUUCAAGUACAAGUACCAGGUGAACGUGGAUGGAACUGUGGCAGCGUAUCGGUUUCCUUACCUCAUGCUGGGGAACAGUCUGGUUCUGAAGCAGGACUCACAGUAUUAUGAAUAUUUCUACCACCACCUCAAAGCAGGCACUCACUAUGUUCCCGUCCAGAGAAACCUGUCGGACCUUUUAGACAAAAUCAAAUGGGCCAAAGAGAACGACGCCGAAGCACAAGAGAUCGCCAGAGCGGGUCAGGCGGUGGUCCGGGAGCUGCUGCAGCCCAGCAGACUGUACUGUUACUACUACACAGUGAUGCACAUGUACUCAGAGCGGCAAACGGGACAGCCUACACUGCACGCAGACAUGGAGCUGGUGUCUCAGCUCGACGACCACUCUGUUGUGUGCACAUGUGAGCGUAAAACCCACGAAGAAGAACCCAAUAUGAAGGAUGAACUAUGAUGGAGAUGGCCUCAGUCUCUAAUUGUUGUCAUGUUUUCUCUGAAACUUUCCUGAUAUAUAAAUAGAGAAACUGAAUGUUCCUGAUCUUCACAAGAAAAUGUGAAUUUCACAAUAAGUAUUACAAUUCUGAUUUGUGCCUUUAGUUUGGGGAAUCAUUUAAAGGGCCGGUGUGUAGUAUUUAGGUGAUGUUGUGUAUAACGACAUGGAACGGAGAUCUGUUGUGUUUUCCUUAAUUAAAAUGAGUCCUUCAUAUCUACAUUUGGACGGGGAAGUCUGCCAUGUUUCUGCAGUAGCCCAGAAAAGACAAACUACACUCCGCAGCUCACGUUACGACAGUCUUGAGAGGGGAGGAGUGAGCAGCACUAGAUGCAACUAAAUCCUGCACACUGUCCCUUUUAAACUAAGAACUCCUCAGCCAAUUCAAGACCUGGCUGCAGGAAUUUGCUCUCAAAAUGAGAAUGCUGCUCUUGUUUUAAAUACUGUGUGUUGUGGUAUGUUUUUGUACCUUUUGUAAAGCCCAAUAAA